AUGGCCGUCAAUUUAUCUAGUUCUGAUCACCAUCUUACUCAAUAUGAACGAAUAAGGCGUCGACUUAGUUUGCCUAAUUUUCAACAAGAUCCCAUCGGUGAUUCUAUUCAUCCUUCCGAUCUAAUUUCAAGUCAAAAUCAACACCGAUUUGGGCGUCAUUAUCGACGUGUAUCCGUGGCUAUGAGUAGAAUAUCGGAAAGAGAUUCAAUUCAGAACAGUUUACGAGCAAUCAGAAACAUGAUUUCUGCCAUAUACCAAUUUAUCAAGAAAUGGGUCAUGGUGAUUAUUCAGCACGCUUGGGAUAUCAUUUGUUUGAACUAUGCGACUAUGUCUGAACGUGCUGAUCUUGAGGGACGAUCGGCUAUGGACUCCUUUUUAAUUAAAAUUCUAAAAAAUGUCCGCUAUCAAAAUUAUCAAAUUCGGUUAGCUGAUGAUUUAUAUGGUAAUAUUAUUCGCAUGCCUUGGAGUUACAUCUUUGGAUUAAUCGCUAUGAUGUAUUUAUUUAUUAGCGUUCUAUUUACAUUUACUUAUGUAGCCGUUGAUAGUCUUGAUCUUCAUUUGGGUUAUUCAUUUUGGCACUGGUUUGUCUUUAGUUUAUCAACUACAACAUGCCUUGGCUUAAGUAAUCUCGAUGCUGAUCAAGUUCAUAUCGGCAUCUUGUUAAUUGCUAACUUCCAAGCAUUUAUAUCUCAACUAUUACUAGCCUUCAUAACUGGUAUCGUAUUUGCUCGUUUCUCACGAAGACGAAGUCAAAUUCGAUUUGCUGAAAAGUUGAUUAUAAAUCAGAUGGAUGGUAUUGAUUGCAUUCAAGGACGAUUAACUCCACAUCGGCCUCGAUUUGGUAUUUUUGAUUGUAACAUUCGAUUGUAUUUAAAUCAGCCCUACGUUACUAAAGAAGGAGAAUGUGGACUUAGGACAAUAGAGGUUCCAUUAUUGAUAAAUAAUGUCCCAACCAUGGCUAUCAUGAUGAAGUUUACCCAUCGAUUAGAUGAAUCUAGUGCAAUCAGAAAAAUGAUGAUAGACCCUAACAGUGAUUUUAGUUUAAUGACAACUCUCUCAGGUGUUGAUGCUUGUACUCUAAAUCCAAUUUUUGACGUUAAAAGAUACCAUCGAACUGAUAUCAAAAGAGAUCACAGGUUUGUUGACAUGUUGGAAAGAAUUUAUACGAGUGAAACCGAAAGUGAAGUUCACAUCGAUCUCAAUAAAUUAGAUCAAAUCAUACCAGAUCAAAAUGGAAUUGAAAAAGCGAAGGAUAAACAAACUAAAGCAUAA